AUGGUCGACCAGCUCGAUGAGGCCCAGCUUCGGCGCUUUGCCAGUCGAGCAAGAAGAAACCUCGAGUCAACCUUGGGAUUCAUCUUGUCUCUGGUUUUUGUCGGCCUGCUGUUCACCGUCUUCCAUUUCGUCGUCGGGCGGUCAAAUCACCGCAUGAGGACAAGGAGAAGAGAAAAGCCACCUGGGUCGCGGGUCCCAUUCGUUUUUGCAAUGGCUAGGAAUGUCAGAAAACUCGGGCUGCGUCGGGUGAGGAGCGGACCGUCGCUGGAUCGCGCCAGCAUCGUCGCCCUCUACCUGGCUCUGAACCUCGUUGCUCUCUUCACCAACUUGGACAACAAGAACAUGGCGCUUGAGACCAAUGUCGCGGCUCGGUCUGCCUGGCUCGCGAUUGCCAAUCUGCUUUUCGUCGUCUUCUUUGCGCUGAGGAUCACGCCCCUGUCUUUCCUAGCGGCCCGGUCAUAUGAGCGACUAAACUGUCUUCACAGAGUGGCCGGGCUUACCGCCACGUCUCUCUUCAUCAUCCACGCAUCUCUUUACUCCGGCUACUUCGCGGAAGCCGGCAUGACCGACAUUCUCUUGCGACGGUCGGAUGUUUUCGGAAUGGUUGCUGGCGUAUCGUGGAUCCUCAUGGCGCUGGCGGCCGUCUGUCUCCGCCGCUGGCGGUACGAGCUGUUCUACCAUGUCCACGUCUCGCUCUGGGUCGUCUCGGUCGUCGCCUUGGCUCUCCACCAGCCCGAUCUUGGCCGCAAGAUUCCCAUCGGCACGGUGGUUGCCGGCUCCAUGUGGGCGCUGGACCGCGUCAUCCGCCUCGCCCGCCUCGCGGUCCACGGCAUGAACAAUUCCGCUACUCUUUCGCCUCUGCCGAAUGGCGGCACUCGGGUCACCUUGGCAAAGCCCCCCAUGGGCGCCUUUCCCGGGAAACACUGCUUCCUAUGGAUCCCGCGCAUCAGGCUGCUCCAGACCCACCCCUUCACCAUGGCAUCUGCGGAUCCCCUGGAAUUCGUCGUGGCCUCCCGCGACGGCUUCACCCGCGACUUGCACAAGCAUGCCGUGGACCACCCGGGCAUCGUUCUCAAGGCGUCCGUCGAAGGACCGUACGGCGCCGCCCCAGACCCGUGGGCGUUUGAAACUGUGGUCCUGGUAGCGGGCGGUAGCGGAGCCAGCUUCACAUUUGGCCUGGCUCAGGCGCUGUUGGGCCGCAGCACCAACAACAGCAACGUCACCAGGCGAGUGGUUUUCGUCUGGGCAGUCAAGUACAGCUCUCACUUGACAUGGUUUGCCGAGCACCUCGUCACGCUCGGCAACGACGCCCGAUUCUCCGUCGCCGUUUUCGUCACACGGUCGAGCCCGCCGUCGCCUUCCUCACCGACAAGAACGAGCUCGGCCGCGCCAGGCGACUCCGGCUCGUCGGAGGAUCUGGAAAAACCUCCCCCGCCGUCCCCCGGCGGCGCAGACGGCCCCAUCAGCCUCCCCGGCCUGCCGAUCCAGUACCGCCGGCCGGACACGGCGCUGCUGAUUCGCGAGGCCGUCUCCGCAACCGGCGCCUGCGAGCGGGUCCUGAUCUCGACGUGCGGCCCGGCCCAGAUGACGCAGCUGGUCCGCCAGACGGCCGCAGAGUGCAUCCGGGCCGACGGGCCGAGCGUCCACCUGCACAGCGAGCACUUUGCGUGA